CACACACACACGUGUAUCCAAGUACGGUGUUUAAUAAGAUAUGAUGUCUUUCUUGGGCGCUUAUUUUCGAUGCAUGGAUCGACACAAGCGAAUCAAUGGAAUGGAUUCGCUGGAAUGUGAGGAGCGUCACAAAGUUGCUCAACGUGAACCGGACGGAACUCGGGGGAGAGUCGCGGUGCAGAGCUCACGAACAGCGUCUCUUGGUACCAUGAGCAUCAUGCUUCUGGGCUUGCUCUUGCUGCUGAUGGGCCCCAUCGGCAAUGCAGACCCACACCCUCGCAGGCCCAAUUUUGUGUUGAUGAUGGCCGACGAUCUGGGAAUAGGGGACGUUGGCUGUUAUGGAAAUCACACCAUUAAGACCCCUAAUAUUGACCGACUCGCCCAAGAAGGAGUCAAGCUGACUCAGCACAUUGCCGCUGCUUCACUGUGCACCCCAAGCCGGGCGGCGUUUCUCACUGGGCGUUACCCUGUCCGCUCUGGAAUGGCUUCAAGGGGAUCGUUGCGUGUUUUCAUUUUCAAUGCCAACUCUGGAGGUCUUCCCUCAAGUGAAAUUACAUUCCCCAAAUUGUUAAAGGAGCAGGGCUAUUCCACUGCGAUAAUAGGAAAGUGGCACCAGGGGCUGAACUGUGACGUGGCAGGAGAUCACUGCCAUCACCCGCUGAGCCAUGGAUUUGACUAUUUCUAUGGAAUGCCGAUGACAAACCUACGGGACUGCAAGCAAGGGGAAGGCAGUGUGAUCAUCGCAGGAAGCUACAAAUUAGUCAUACAUUUUGCUACCUACUCCCUGCCACUUCUGCUUGCCCUGCUCCUUUCCCAUUGGGCAGGGCUUGUGCGCAUCCCGAGAAUCAUAUGGUUCACUUUCGGUGUAGUUUUGGUGAGCGUCAUUGGACUUGUUGUGUUUGUCAUGAGUCACUCACGGAUGCUAAACUGCAUUCUGAUGCUGAACCACGAGGUCAUUCAACAACCGAUUGUGUUUGAAAACCUUACGCAGAGGAUUGUUUCCCAAGCCAUUGGCUACAUUGACAGGAAUCGCGAUGGGCCCUUCAUGCUGUUCUUGUCAUUUGUCCACGUCCACACGGCGCUGUUCGCCGCCAAGCGGUUCCACGGAACGAGCAAGCACGGUUUCUACGGCGACAACGUGCACGAGAUGGACUGGGCGGUUGGUGAGGUAGUGAACCACCUGGAGAAGCUGGGACUCAGUGACAACACCCUCGUGUACUUUACAUCAGACCAGGGUGGACAUUUGGAAGAGAUUAGUGACUCUGGAAAUGUGGAAGGUGGAUGGAAUGGUAUUUAUAGAGGUGGGAAGUCUAUGGGUGGUUUUGAUGGUGGAAUUCGUGUGCCGGCAAUCCUUCGAUGGCCAGGAGUACUCCCUGCGAGUGUCCAAGUGGACCAGCCGACCAGUCUCAUGGACAUAUACCCAACGGUGCUGUCACUGGCUGGAGCCAGUCUACCACAGGACAGGGUGAUCGAUGGGAAGGACUUGUUGCCCCUGCUGCUGGGAAAUCAGAGCUACUCGGAGCACGAGUUUCUCUUCCACUACUGCGGCACACAUCUCAAUGCCGUGCGCUGGGUGCCUCGUGACAGCCAGCUCAUUUGGAAGGUGCAUUUCUUCUCGCCGGUAUUUUCUCCUCCCGGAAGCAAUGGGUGUUACAACACGGUCAUUUGCCACUGCCACGGCAACUUUGUGCAGACACACGACCCCCCGCUGGUCUUCGAGAUGCAAAGCGAUCCUUCAGAGAGCUCCCCUUUGGCCGUCACAAGCGCCGCUGUCCAGGAGGUGCUGGCUGUGGUCCAGAGGGCCGUGUCCUCGCACCAACUGAGCCUCAUGCCGGUGCCCAGCCAAUUCUCCUUAAACAACUUGCUCUGGAAGCCCUGGCUGCAGCCUUGUUGUGGCUUUCUUCCAUCGUGUGGCUGCGACAACGAUGUGACCCUCCCGCAUGAAUAACGUGCCAGUGGAAGGGGAAUUUAAUGAAAAUAAUUUGUUUGAUCAGUUUCACAUUUUCCUUCAAACGCACUGAUACUCUACAACAUGCUGUUUCAUUUACCAUCAAUAUUACCGCUGUCCAGGUAUUGGGAUUCGAGGAUAGAAUGUGCAUUACAAAUGUUUAUUAUUAUUAUAAUGGAACGUGCCCUAUAGCAUGUCCACCGAGAAGAUAGAGCAAUGAAAUCAGUGUGUGUGUGCAGGUGCUGGGUGGAUUGUUAUAUCACAAGAUCGUGUGAGGUAGCGGUGGCUUGGGGCGGCCUUCAUCCAGCAGUGGAUUGACCAUUGCUGAUGGAGACAGUGGAUAUUUUCAGUCAUUUCGAUGGCAGUCUUAUAUGACUCUUGAGAGAUGUUUUCUCAAACGGGUUUAUUAAACAUUUGUACCUCAAAGAGUUACUGUUUGUGCACAUAUUAUUUGGGUCUUUCGGUAAAGCCACGUAGAUAAAAAAAAUAAUCAAAAUAAUAACAAUAUCACGACGUUUCGAUCGCAACGGUGAAAAAAGAGGGGGAAAUCUGCCGAGGCAGGCUGUUUCUGUUUAUAAAGGUUUAGAGAUGGGCGGGGCAGCUAAUGUUAAUGUAGGAGAGGUCUCCGUAACAUGCAGUAGGUCUACACCAAUCAAAGAGCUGUUUACAAAUGGUUUAGAGAUGGGCGGGGCAGCUAAUCCCAAUGUGGGGGAGGUACUAGGGAGCUGUGGGGGGUGGCCAUUGUAUUGUGAGAGAUUAGCAUGUCAAUGUAAGACAGCGCAGUGGCCACAUGGAGGUGGAAAAGAAUGGCAAGCCGCCACUUACUAAUGCAGCUAACGGUGGCUGUGUUAGUGAAUGUAACUCAGAUAAUCUAAAAUAACUGCUCGGUAGGAUAGGAACAUCAUAGCCAGUUAUGAUCUAAACAGGUUAAUAACGUCCUUCCAAUGAUUGCUCAGUUUGUACCCAUCUUCUCAGUUGAAAUUGUGUCUGUGUUUAUAUAUCUGGAUGGCUUCAUGAACAAAUCUUUGUUGAUAGCCAGUGGGUUUACAGAGUACCUUUGUCUUGGCAUAAUCAAUUUCGUGUGUGCCCACAGCGUUAAAAUAAUGAUCAGCCAUGGCUGCGGUAUUGGUCCUACCGUGUUUCAGAUCUGCCUUAUGCUCACGGACCUGGUCCGAGACAUGUCGCUUAAUUUCCCCAAUGUAACUGCUGCCGCAGACACAGCUUAGUUUGUAGACACCGGGGUGUUGUAUGUCGGGGAUGGCAUCCUUCACAGAAGGGAUGAAAUCACGAAUUUUAUGUACUGUGUUCAAUCGUACCUGGAUCUUGUGUUGGCUCAUGAUUUUGGAAAACUUUUUGGUGACCCCUGCUUUGUAUGGCAAGGUGAUGGUUUUGAUUUUGUCCUCAGAUGGUUCUCUUCCCACGGUUGGGUUGAUAGCUUUACGGAUUGUGUAGUCCGAAUAUUCAUUCCUCUUGAGGGUUUGGUGUACGUGUUCCAGUUCACUGGCUAGGUGGUGAUGGCCGGAAAUACAACGAGCUCUGUGGUAUAGAGUUUUGAUGAGGGAAUUAUUCUUGGAUGGAUGGUGAUGGGAGUCAGGUUUUAGGUAAGCAUCCGUAUGGGUGGCUUUCCUGUAGACAGAGUGUCCCAUUUAGCCAUCAGGUCUCUUUUCGAUUUACACAUCCAAGAAUGGUAACUUGCCAUCCUUUUCCACCUCCAUGGUGAAUUUGAUAGCUUGGUGUAUGGAAUUGAUGUGGUUGAAGAAUUGGUCCAGAGCUGGUAGGCCAUGUGGUCAGAUGACGAACGUCUACGUACCUCUUCCAAAAAGAAUGACGUAGGGUGGAUUCCUGGAUAGCAUCUGUCUUAAAUUUCUCCAUGAAAACAUUGGUUACAGCUGGAGAUAAGGGAGAACCCAUAUGGGUACCUUCAACUUGUUUGUAGAAUGUUCCAUGCCAGGUGAAGUAAGUGUUGGUGUGGCAGUGUCUAACCAGGGCUGGAACAUCAGCAUUCAAUCCUUGUUGGACCAAAUCUUCAAUGAUUGCAAUGGUGUCAGGCACAGGAACUUUGGUAAACAAAGAUACCACAUCGAAACUGACAAGCAAAUCACCUGGAGAUAGUUAGAUAUCCUUAAUGAGAGAUAUCAAGUGAGCUAAGUACAGCUGAGGUGGUCUUACCAGUAAAUGGCUGCAAUGUCUCAGACAGAAAUCGGGCCAGUUUGUAGGUGGGUGAGCCAAUGGUGGAGAUGAUAGGGCAGAGUGGUGUGCCUUCUUUGUGGAUUUUUGGUAAGCCAUAAAAUCUGGGUGGUCUAGCAGCAGAGGGUUUUAAGGCAAGCCGCUUGGUUGGUUCGAUUAAAGAUGUCGAAUCAGUGAUGAUGUUGGUUUUCGUAACCAGGCAGUUGGUAGAAUCUCUAUUGAUUUUGGUAUAGCUGCCAUUAAGUAGGUCCUGAAUUUUGUUAUUGUAUGUGGGUUUGUCCAAGAUGACAGUGGCAUUGCCCUUGUCGGCUGAGAGGAUGACUAUGUCAUCUCUCUUUUUUAGUUGAGAGAGUUCAAGGCGCUCAUCCUUGCUGAUCUUGCUAAUAGGUGUCUUAGCGUUUUUGAGUAUUGCAGCGAUUUCGGAUCUUGCUACAUCUGCAGAAAUGUGUCCCAAACCCUUAAGGGCUACGUCGACCUGGGCAAUGAUAUCAUCAACUGGAAUGUGUUUAGGGGUAACUGCGAAAUUCAACCCUUUAGCUAGAAUCGAUUGCUCUGAUUGAUAACAAUCUUGUCACCAUCUAACUUUUCAGUGUCUGGAUCUGGCUUCUUCUUGGAGAGGAGGUUGAACUUGGAAAUCAAGUUAUCUUUGCAUUUAGCUGACAUUGACGCGGCUGACGAGGCUGUCAUGUUAUCUACAAUGUCCCAAUCAGAUGUAGACAUUUUUUCUGUCAAUGUUAAGUGUGAGUGCACAUCUUGGCAAUUGUGGCCAGUAUCUGGAAUGGUGUUCCUUUAAUGAUUUGUAGAAUGAGUGUCAAAGUUAAUGAAAAAACUUGUAGGGAACACCGAGCUUAUUUUAAAGAGACAUUUUGACGACAGCAUGAGCUAGUGAUAUAGUAACCAUGCGUCAUGACAUGGUGACCAAUCACCCCAACAUCAUUGCACCACCAAUGCCUGUCAAACUGGGGAAGAUGAUUCUGCUGCUCGUGAAAUGAUCUAAAUGGGGCCCGAGUUAAUUUUAGCUUUUAUCUGUUUUAGCUCAAAUGACUGAUUUCAAUUGAAAAACACAUUAUAUAAUUAUAUUGACGCAAAUACAAUUUUUAGUUUUAAAACUGCUAAUUGCCAAUGCAGAUUUAAUGCUUAACAGAUAGUGGUGACAAGCAGAAACUUGCAGAGGCGCACAGACAGCAGAAUUUUGUCGCUUGCAUCGUUGAGUCAGAGCGCGUAUGUGGAGCAGAGAAAGGAGUCGAGAUGAAGGCGCCGUGGCACGCUCACGAGAGACCAACUUCAGUAAGGGUGGCGACUCAGACUCAAACGUAACCAUGGUCGUCAUGUACGGCACUGAAGAUGUUGACACCUUUUAUUGGCGCUCGUGUCACGGUGUAGUGGGUGGUGGCUGAUUGCAGUUGCCACCCCCUCUCCCAGUGAUUGUGGUGGAUUCCAUUGAACUCCUUGUGCACAUCUGCUUUUGGCGAUGGUGUGAUUGCCUUGGGUUGCCACUGCUCUGUUGUGGGAGCCAUUGGCAUGCUCGAGGUUGUGCUUGAGUAGAUGACGUGGGCACAUUACAAGAGACGUGUAUUGGAAUGGCACCCAGGAGUCGGCAACCAAGGGAAUACCUAAAGCCACUCGGACACUAAAGGCAGAUUUAGGAAAAUUAGCAAACCAUAUCUGUUUCCCUUUAAAGGCACAGUUAUUAAACAAUUGUUACGUUAUUUGGGAAGUUCAGUGUUUACUCGGCUACAGCUGAGGGAUCUAGUAGAAGGAAAAUGGCGAUAGUCUGGUGUGGUGGCAUCAAUGGUAUUCACUAUGACCUCUUGACCUUGCCUUUAGCUGCCAUAGGAUUGACCACUGCAACUGAUGCGGGAUAAUGGCUGCAACUGAAGAUAUCUGUAUGCCAAUUUUCUCUUUAUUUUACUCUUGUUUUAAGUAACCAAUCUUGUAACGGGUAAUCUCCCAUGUGUAUCCCAGAAUGUGAACCUUUGCAAAUGUGAACUUCAUAUAUAUUUUUAUUGCAUUAGGAAACAUAUGCAAGCUAUGAUGGUAGUGAAGUUCUUGCACUCUGUCAAAUCUGUGUAGUGGCGUGGAUGAUGUUUGCACACCUGCUUUGAAUGCAAAUUGUUGGAAUUAUACAAAAAUAAAAGUGAACGUCGGCAUUAUUAUUUUGUGUAACCAGCCUCAGUUCAUAAAAAAACGACUUCAAGUUUUUGUUACGAUGCAUACAAACACAUAAAACUGAGUUUUUUUAACAGGUUAAAUGUCUUUACAUUAACAGGUAAAAUGUCUCACUAGCACAGCCACCGUUGCUCGUUUUCCUCGAUGUGGCGGUGGCUCUGCGAUCUUACAUUGACAUGCACAUUUUCACUUUAACAUCACUAGCCCCGCCCACUUCAAAUAUGACCCUUGGGCUACACCCAUUUCAAACCUUUAAAACAUCCUGCCUCAGCAGCUUUCCCGCUAUUUUUUCUCCUGAUGACGAUUGCUUGUAUUGCGAUCGAAAUGUAGUUUUUUCUUAUUUUCUUUGAAGCUAUCUACGUGACUUUACCGAAAGACCUAAGAAUAUGAAUUCCUGCAGUCACGAAAGCUUUUAGUCAAGAUUUGCAAUUACUUUGUUUAAUAAAACCCUAUGUAUUUAUUUUUAACAAUUUACGAUGGAGAACCAAAGGGGUGCAGGCUCCAGUAAAGGUUAAUAACCACUGCAUUACAGUAUCACGCAGUCUAUUUACGUGAAAACCGCCGUGUAUAUGUCAAUAUUUUCUCAAAUAAUUAUAAUUGACCAGUCAUAAUUACAAUUAUUCCAUUUCUCAUUUACAUUUUUAAUUCGUGAUGAGAAAGUGUAACCAAGGCCUUUAAUAUAGGAGUCUGGUAGUAUCAUGUUAACUUCACCUUGUACUUUGCAUUUCACUUUUAAGACUCUGAAAGACUCUUGUGGUUCGAGUGUUAAAAAGGUUUAUAGCGGGAAUUUCUGCAUAAUUUAAAGAACGCAGAAACACAUUCUCCAUCUCCAGAGGGAUGGAAGCCCUGGAAUUUUACAAAAAGCACAUUCCGUACAUUCGAAGGCCGAUCUGUGGGCAGCUGCAGCAGCUGCUGUACCAUUAACGGAGAUUUGUCGAUGAACCACUUGGGCCAAUGGAAAUAGUUUUAAUCCUGGUCUUAAAUACUGCCUCAUCCGGGGAAGCUCUCUUUACCAGUGUGGUUAAUUAAGCAUGCGGUGUUCAUCCAUGGCUGUUAUGUAAACCCUUGAAAAACGCAACGUACGCUGUGCGAGCCGACGAUGCCGCAUGCAAGGGGAUUGCAAACGAGGGUCUCCUGCGAGGCUGCAGGUGCUGAGGCACGGAGCUUUGCUUAUGGUGAGGGAGAGGUCCCCGUGCUGCCUCGGGGUGCGGCUCACGCCAGCGAUGCACUCGCCGACAGGAGACCCCUGCCCAGGAUCUAUCCCUCUCCUCACAAAAAACGUAUAUUUGCCACAAUCUCCAGUACGGUAUAUAUAUUUAUACUUGUAAGCCACUGGGUACUCUAAAGCGGAGAGUUAAAUUCACAUUUAAGCUCCAUGUUUCGCACAAGGGGCAAUACGUACCAUUUAUAUUUGACGAGCUUCUUUGCUCGUCCUAGGACGGAAGCUGUAAUAUUUACGAAAAAAAUUAGCAGAGUAUAAUUGUAUCUUCUGGAAAUGUAAUGGCAGUGAAUCUUGCACGAAAGUACGUCUUCAAACACUUCACUGCAUGUCACUGUAGCACUGUAUUAAUGGCAGUGAAUCUGUCACAAAACGAAGUCAUAAAACACUGCACUGCAGUUCACUGUAGCACUGUAUUAAUGGCAGGGAUGCUUGCACAAGAGGGGCCGUCCUUAAAUGACGUCACGCACCUGGCGGUGGGGGUGGGGUCAGACAUUUGUGACGAUGUGUGACAAAUUGCGUGACGUCAUUUAUAGACGGCCCAAAACUACGUCAUAAAACACCUCACUUCGUGUCACUGUAGCACUGUAUAUAACUGACCUUCAAUUUGUCCAAAUUCACUGCCCUGAUACUUUAUUAUCUUCUGCUUUCGGUUGCUGGGGUUGAAAUAAAUUGGAAAUCGAUACAAUAUCUGGGAAAUCACUGAAAAAUGUCUAUUUUACCAUAAUGUAGAAGCAUAAAUUAGACUUACCUUUUGUCUCAAGUGCUGAAGAAAUAAAUAAAGA